AUGUACGGACACAACCAAGGAAACCAGUACCCCCCCGGCUACCCAAACAACCAUCAACAGAUGCCAGGGGGCUACCCUCAACAUCCUCCAGGCAGCGCCCCACCACCAAACUACCCUCCUCAGGCCCACGGUCAACAGGCAGGCUACCCCGGAUAUGGGCCUGGGCCUGGUUAUGGCCAAGGGCACGGAUACGGGCCGGGCCAGGGACAGGGCCACGGACAGGGCCACGGGCAGGGCCACGGGCAGGGCCACGGGCAGGGCCACGGACAGGGCCACGGACAGGGCCACGGACAGGGCCACGGACAAUGCCAGGGCCAAGGGCACGGAGGUGGACAUGGUCAUGGAAAAGGCCACAAGCACAAGAAUGGUCACGCUCAUGCCAAGUGUCACAAGAAAGGAAAGAACUGUCACGGGUCUUCCAGCAGCUCCUGCAGCAGUGACUCUGACUGAGGAAGAGUCGUGGAGUCGCUGACCUUCAUCUCUCACCAGAUACUAUGAUCAACAUUCUACUGCCAAAAUGUUUUUAUGAAUGGAUUUGUAUUUAGGUAUCAGGCUUCUGUGAAAAUAUAUUGUAUGAAAAACAAUACGUGACUUUGAAAGUAAAACAUUAUCCAAAUUUCAUAACUUUGGUGUAAGAGUUAAUUACUGUGUGUGAUAAAUACCAGUGAAUAAAUUAUGAAGUUUCUUGUCUUUUCA